AUGCCUCUUAUUCAUUUCUGCUUAUGCAAAACUGCUUCCAUCCACUUAGUUUGCGUUAAGGUGAACGAGAUGCUUCUUAGAAAUCGGAAAGAUGAGAAAACAGAAAUUUUCGUAACCGAUACGAUGUCACAGGAUCCAGAAGCAACGUUAUCGCAAUUCCAAUUCAUAAAAAAUCCCUUAAGCUUCCAUCCCUUACCUUACCGUCUUCCAUUGAGGUUUUUUAUUGAUCCAUCCGAAAUGGGAUCGCACCAGGAUGAUGAAUAUCAUCGAUAA